UUUCCGUUACUAAAAAUCACGUGACUAAACAUCCCAUUUAAAUGAAUAUUCACAACAAACGCGUUUGGUUCGUUGGAAACGAACAAUGUCGGAUAUAGAUCGUGCCCAGUAUAAAAAAGAACAGACAGAGUGUAUCACAAAAGCAAUCAAAAAUCAAGAGUCUGCUAUCAAGGAAAAACAUAUUCGACGGACAAUAAUAGGAACAUGGCAGGAGAAAGGUAACUCUAUGUUUUGGUUAACACUUAGCAAGCAGCCUCUUCCAUCACAGCCUAUCAUUUGUUGGAAGUCUAUGCUUUUGCUACAUAAAAUAUUGCAUGAAGGUCAUCCAAAUGUUCUACAUGGCUCCUAUCUUUAUAAAAAAACAUUGAGAGAAUUGAUGGUUGUAUAUAAACUUCAGGCUGGAUCUUAUUGUAUUCUUAUUUGCGAGUACAUAAAAAUACUAAUGACCAAGCUGGAAAUUCAUCAUAAGUAUCCUGGAAUACCUGGUGCUUUUACAUCAUCAUCUGAAACCACAAUGAAAAUUCCAGAUAGUGAUGUGAAUGAAGUAUUUACAUUUGCAGUUGAGUGUCUGGAUUAUCAAGACCUGCUUUUAACAUUUGAAGAAAAUAUUUUAAAGACUUUGGACAAGUCUAAAAAUAAUCCACAGACUGCAAGUUCACAAUGCAAGAUUGCUGUAUUAUUUCCUAUUUUAAAAGAAUGCAGUGGAAUUUAUGAUAUCUUAGUACUUGUGGUUGAAAAGCUACAUAAAAGAGUUCCUCAUGACACAUUGGAAGGUUUCAGAGAAAGGUUUAACAUCCACCACAAGAGAAUGAAGACUUUUUGUACAUAUUCAGAAGUAAUGACAUGUAUUGCAAAUGUUAUUGGAAUUCCAGUUAUUCCUGAAACUCCACCAAAUUUUUUUAAUGAUAAAUAUCAAACAAAACAAGAACUCAAAAUAAUUAAAGAAGAGCCUAAACCGGCUCCACUGCUUCCUCAUGAUGAUGAAAGGGAUCAUUUAACAGAGCAGUUAAUAAAAGAAAUUGAGGAGCUACGAAGAAAAUUAGAACUCGCGGAGAUGCAGUUUAAUGAUAAAGAAAUCAAUUUCCAGAUGCAAAUUCACAAACUUCAAGAAGAACUCAGAAAAACUCAAAUACUUGCUAUGCAGAUAACAGAGGAAAAUUGUUUUCUCAAAAGUCAGCUAAGUAAUAAAAUCAAAUGACCUUAUUAAAAGAACAUAUUGAGUUGCAUUUAAGUGGAUUAAAUAGUUGCUUUAGGUUGUGUCCGACCAGACGCUGAUGCAGAAGCUGGCACAUGAUGUUUCUUUUUAAUGGUGCUUUAGAUAAUGGUAGAUUAGAUAAUAAUGGUUAAGCCGAUGGCGGUUGAGAUUAGAGAUUUAGGCUUAGAUCACGUAUUCCAGCAAUUUGUAGUUUUACAAUUCCUUCAAUUUUUCCUACAAUUUUUCUGUGUAAAAACUUUACCACUGCUGUAAAGAUUUGCUUGAAACUGGAAGAAAAAACUGUUUUUUGAAAAAUUCCUAAAUUUUGUGUUCAAAUAAAUAUGUUGCCGCAAUUUGCUCCAAACCUUUUUAAAAUAGAAAUAAACUUAAAAGAUAAAGUGUUACCAUAGUAUGUAUAAAAAAUGUUUAUAGUGUAGUGUGUCACGAAUGAUUUCAAACCAUUCGUAAAUACUAUAAAUAUAUACGGGAAGGUUGCAUAAGUUGACAUGUUAA